CCUAUGCAAAUUGCAAUGCAAUGGUCCUGGCUGCAUUCUAAUAAGGCAGGAAACAACAAAGAAGAUGCACGCUGUGUGGCCCUAGCAGAAAGAAAAAGGAUGCCUUCAUUGCAUAAGGCCAUUCAAAGCUGCCACCCUCUCCCUCUAUCAGGCUGCUGCACUAGACUAGUAGCUCAAGCCUCAGCCUCAUCCCCCCAUUUGAUACGAGAGAGAGAAGAGGAGAAGAAAGCAAAAGCUCCCUCUGCAGAAAAGAAGCGUUUUUUUUUCUUUCUUCUCGACGCAAACCAAGUAACCAACCCCUCCUCCUCGCAAGAUCCCCCAAACCACGCGGGAAACCAGCCUCAAGUUCGUCAUCCCCAUUGGCGGCGCCGAAUCGGCACAAGAACUCCGCGGAGAUCCGUGCGGGAGAUGACCCGGGCAGUAACUCUUGAUUAUGGGGGCAAGGUUCAGACUCGUGAUUAUGGAGGCAAGGCUCAGACUGAGACUUUACGGCCUGGGCCGUUACGUCCUGCAAACAUCAUCAGGGCUAAAUUUCCUACCUACAAAAAUGGUUUGAAUGGUAUAGUAGUCAAGCUGGCUGAUGGCCCUGAAAUGCCAUCUCUCAAGGAGACUGUCACCAAGGAAACUGCGGAUAUGCUUGAUCAUCGUCAGCGUCUGUCAGUCCGUGAGCUUGCAAUGAAGUUUGAGAAGGGUCUCAAUACUGCCACUUUGCUGUCCAAUGAGGUUAAAUGGAGACAAGUGGCUUUGUUGGAGCGUGAUAUCCUUCUGAAGAAUCUAAAGACUGUAUUAGAGUCACUGAGAGGCCGUGUGACAGGCAAAACUAAGGCUGAACUUGAGGACUCUAUAUCUAUGGUUGAUAUUCUUGCUGUCCAGCUCUCCAAAAGAGAAGCUGAGCUGCUUCAGCAAAAGGCAGAAGUCACAGAAUUAGCAAAAUCAUUAAAGCUUGCUUCUGAAGAUGCCAAAAAAAUCGUUGACGAAGAAAGGGCAAGUGCUCAUACAGAGAUUGAAAGUGCUAGGUCUUCUGUGCAAAGAGUUCAACAAGCACUUCAGGAACAUGAAAAGAUGUCCAGAACAACUGGAAAGCAAGAUAUGGAGGAACUAAAGAAAGAAGUUAGAGAGGCGCGAAGAAUCAAAAUGCUUCAUUACCCCAGCAAGGCAAUGGAUCUGGAAAAUGAGAUCAAAAUUUUGCGUAAGACGUUCGUUGAGAGGUCCACGGAUUGUGUUAAUCUUUUGAAAGAGUUGGAACUGCACAAAAGGCCAGAGGGAAAUGAUAUCCCUUUGUUUGAUUUGGAGGGUCUCCAAUGCUUAGGCUCAAUACUACGCAUAGUUUCUCAGAGCAGUACUACCAUGGAUUUCUCAAAUAUUUCAAUCCAGUGGUUCCGUGUACACCCAAAAGAAAGUAACAAAGAGAUUAUUUCAGGUGCCACAAGAUCAGUAUAUGCUCCCGAACCACAUGACGUUGGACGGUAUUUGGAAGCUGAAAUUAAUUAUGGUGGUGAAAUUGCUAUAGCAAAGACAGCUGGGCCAAUAGACCCUGACGCUGGAUUGGUCGAUUAUGUAGAGACACUCGUAAGGAAACGUGAAACUGAGUUCAAUGUUGUUGUGCUUCAGUUGAAUGGAAUUGAUCAGCCAAAAGAGUCUGUUCAUGUUCUCAAUAUUGGAAAAUUGAGGAUGAGGCUUUCUAAAGGAAAGACAGUGGUUGCCAAGGAAUUCUAUUCGUCAUCAAUGCAGCUAUGCGGUGUCCGAGGUGGCGGUGAAGCAGCUUCUCAGGCGAUGUUCUGGCGGCCGAGGAAUGACCUCAGCAUGGUCCUGGCCUUCGAAACGACGAGAGAACGCAACACCGCAAUCAUGCUCACCCGGCGAUUCGCCAUAGAUUGCAAUAUCAUCCUUGCCGGUCCAGGCGACAAGACUCCAUGGUGAAGAAACGCGAGCGCGCCACCACCGGUGCUCAUCAUCCUCUGAUCCUCCGCAACUUCAAACCCCGUGCUGCGGUUGUAUGUACAUUUUCUGGUGCACAUUGUGUUUUGCAUCAUGCCCUGUUUGUCAGUUAGUAUGCGGUUCUUCCUUUGUGAUGGUUCUUCUGAAAGGCGACGCCUGUGGGCACCGUUUUAGCCGCCUCCGGUUGCCGUCUUUCUCCUCCCCCUGUCACCGUGAUGCUGAUGUUCUUACGCUGCUGCGGCUGUGAUUUGUUGCUAGGAAAAAAAAUAGCUGUAUAAUGUAUUGUCUGUUUGGUAGUAGUACAUACCACGACGACAUUGAGCUAAGUAAAGUUUGAUCCGGAACGUGGGCUAGUUUGUGCUAACAUUGUUCAUCUGUCUUGACUGACCAAAAGAUUGAAUGGUAGUACAAGAUUGAGUGCAUGCAAAAUCCAUUGUCCCUGUCAUUUGGGAUUCAGAAAAUUCGCAUGGAAUGAAAUAUUAUGGGUCUCUUUCU